UUUAGUUGACAUUUUGAGUUCCAAUCCGUCUCAUUUCUACGGAAACUUCGGGAAGAGCAAAUAUUAAUUGUAUUACCGCCGUCCAUUAUUUUGUGAGUUGAACGGCUUUUGUGUUUAUUCCUCUGCAAUAGCCGCAAUACAACACCCAGCGUUUGUUGAAGACUCUUUGGUGUAUGCUUUUACAUUGGUGCCAAUCUUUUGCUUCUUCGUAAUCGUAAUCGUAAACUAAAAUGGAGUCUGGAGCACUAGUGUCCUCAGAGAAAGAAGGGCAACAAGGCGCCUCGUAUACGUAUUGGGUUAGGAAAAUAACGGGAGAUGCAGCACCUUUGCCAGUGCCUCGCAAGUUGACCCCAGAAGAAGUUCCCCCUUGUCAAUCUCAGCCUGCGACGAUUGGUUCAGCUUGGAAUCGCGCUGGGACAUGGGAGGAGAAAAGUCUAAACAAUUGGGCAACUCCGAGAAUUAAGGAGUUGCUUAUCUCAGUAGGCUCCAUACCGUUUUCCUUUGGCAAAGCUGAAGUAGAAGAUGUUACCAAAUGUGUUGGCGAUGCAUUCAUGAUGAUUGUUCGGAACAAGAAACGUGUUGGUUACACCUAUGAGUUGACCUUAAAAGUCAAAGGGGAAUGGAUCAUACAAGGAGAAAAAAAGUUGAUUGAGGGCCACAUAGAUGUCCCAGAGUUCUCAUUUGGUGAACUAGAUGACUUGCAGAUGGACGUGAGACUGAGGGAAGCAGGGGAUAUCUUGCAUCAAGAUAGGACGCAGAUAAGCAACGACUUGAAACUACUUUUACAGCCUGUUCGGGAAAAGUUGCUUCAAUUUGAACAGGAACUCAAAGAUAGAUAGAAAGUGGUAGUUUUCGAAUUUGUGACAAAAGUCAUGCAGUUUUUGUUCUCAAUUUGAUUGGUACUUGUAUUUCUAGUACAACCUUAUCACGAAUAAAGUUGUGUCACUAUCUGGACCAGAACUACGAACAGGGAAGUCCUCUUAGGUAACUACGAUCAUGAGGCCUAACCACCUUGUAUUAUCAAUUAUCAUACGCUAAAUUAAAUAUAAUAUGUGGCGUGGUUUUGCUCAUGAAUCUCAAUUCACGAUCUCCUUUGUCAUUUCCCGCUGCCGGCGGGGACAUUUUCGUAUUAUCAGGGUUACAUAGAAAAGGGAUACAGGAAAUUUGGGAUACCGCAAUUUAUGAUUAUUAUCAACCAGAGAGAAGGUACAUAAACCUUAUAUAGAGGGAUGACAGUUACAAGACUGGAAGUCAGCUCUAUGGCAAGACUGACUAACACCUAACAGAAAUCAAAAAUUGAUUUGCAACUAUGAAUUGUACAGACAGAUAUCAGACAUCAUACAAUUAUGAACAUGGGUGUAUAUACUCUAAUACUCUCCAUUCAAGCUCAUGGGGUAUGAGGAACAACACGAACAUUGAGCUUGCUGCUAAACUCGGUGAACUUGGUGGGAGACGAAGCUUUGGUGAGUGCAUCAGAAGCUUUCAAAUCAGCUAGAGGGUGUUGAAUUGUGAGCUGUUUGUUGAGAAUCUUUUCUUGAACAAAAAGGGAUCAAGUUCCAUGUGUUUUCUGCGGGUAUGUAGAAUAGGGUUAUAAGGUAAUGGCAUUGAGAUUAUCACAACUAAAGAAAUUGUAAAAGGAGAGUUCAACAAGGGUUUGAAUUCAUAGGAAAUUAAUGGUAACUUGUGACACGUAAUAGUUUUCUUUACUUUACCAUCAUUCUUAAAUAAAAUUUUCAUGCAUAGUUAU